AGCAAAACAUUUGUUAGAAAUUUGAUGGUUAGUUUUACGCACAUUUGUUAAAUGUAGUGGGAACAAAACAAAAAAUAGUGUUUCGCUCAUACAUAUUUAUUAUUAAAUAAACUAAAAACAAUCAACAACAUAAGCACAUACACAAGCGAAAGCGAACAUCUCUAAAAAUGGCCACUAAAUCUUUAUUGCGUCAAUUAACCAGAGUAACUUGUUUAAGGGCAACAAAACUGGGCACAAAUUCAACAUCGCUAAAGUUAAAUACCCGAAAUUCAUCUUUGAUAACAACAUCAACUAAAGCCUUAAACAGUGUUAAUUUCAUUAAACAAUACUCUACCGGUGAAAACAAUAUUCCAGUAGUUUCUUAUGAAGAAAUUAAAAAAUUAACAGAUCAUUCCGAACAACUACUAAUUGAUGUUAGAGAACCUAAAGAAUUACAAGAGACUGGUAAAAUACCGACCAGCAUUAAUAUACCUUUAGGACAGGUGGGUCAGGAGUUGGCCUUAAGUGUAGAUAACGCUGUAUUUAAAGCAAAAUAUGGCCGUGAUAAGCCGGAAAAAAAUAGUGAAAUUAUUUUCCAUUGUAGAUCUGGCAAAAGAUCUCAAAGUGCUGCUGAAUUAGCAAGAACUCUAGGCUAUCAAAACACCAAAAACUAUGUGGGUUCCUGGUUGGAAUAUGCCGAAAAGGAAGGUCUACCUAAGUAAACAAAAAUUUAUACAUACUAUAUAAUAUGUAUGUGGUAGGCCACAAAUCUGAAUUUACUCAAUGACUGCCUUAUUUUGAUAUUAAUAAACUUUGAUAUUAAUAAUAAAAUCAGCGAA